AUGAAUGGACCAUCCAAUACCAGCAGAGAUCCAGGUAAGGAAGAUGGCAGAAAGAGCACACGAAGAAAGGCUUGUGAUACCUGUCAGCGCAGAAAGAUUAAAUGCGAUCUCUCCACCAAACCCAAGUGCUCGCAAUGCGAGAAGAUGGGAAUCGCUUGCACUCGGAAUCUGCAGAGAUACCAGGCAAACUUAAGAAGGCAGGCGAUGAUCAAUCAUCUGGAAGGAAGUCUUGAGCGCAUGGAGUCUCGUCUGCAGGGUCUUGGUUUUACCGUAGGCGAAAAUGAUACCAUAAUCGGUCCUUCAUCAUCAGAGGGAGUUGGUGAUAUCUCACCGUUGAGGUUGUCAUUAAGUCCCACGGAUCGUAGUCCUCGGGUUGAGGACGUCGAUGAUACAGAUUGGGGCAACAUCUACACAAGCCCGCCUCCAGGGUCGAUCCGUUCAUCAGCGAGCAGAUCCCCAAGCCCUCAUAUGCCAAACCUAUUUGGGCAAUCAAGUCAACCACAAGCGGCAGUACCAUGCUUUAACGUUCCGAGAUAUCUCGGAGGUAUAUUGAACUCUGGCUGCUUCUCCAUGAUUUCACAAGAGGGCUUAGAAUGGAUAGCGCAGAAGACUGGUGGCGAAUCAAUGGACCAUUUAACACGCCUCGUCCUAACGGAGGAGCGUGACGGUUUCAUAGCCGACUAUCCACUCCACUGCAUAUCACCCAGGAGAUUAUUCUGUCCUCUCCCACCUCAGGAGCAUAUCAUACGUCUUGUCGAACGGUAUUUGGAGGACUUCAAUGUCACAUUUCCCUUGUUCAGACGGUCGGACCUUUUACUCCUCUUUGAAAGAGCGCAUCUUGAUAUGCGCUAUCAAAGUCCAGGCCAGUGGGCUAUCAUGAAUGCUGUUUUGGCAGUUGCCUACAUGCUUCCUGACAAUGGGGUUUCUAAGCAGCCGGAUCAUCAGAAAAGCUGGCUUCUUCUGAAGAAUGCUCUGGAGGCUGUCAACGAGCUUUAUUUGGGUCCGCCCGAUCUUCGGGGUCUUCAGGGUCUUUUAGUAAUGGUUGUUCUCUUUAUGGCGGCAUCGGCUGCACGGCCUUGCAGUUUUCUAAUAUCCGUCGCUAUCCAUAUUAGCGACCAACUGGGUUUGGGUACGACCGAAGACAUCUCGAUCUUUACCGAAGAGGAGAAACAGGAGCGGCAGACGGUUUUUUGGCUUGCUUACUGCCUCGAUAGGGAAAUCUCCUUCCGAUUCGGUGAACCACCAGUACAAAAUGACGAAGCCAUCAGCGCAGCUCUACCAUUGAAUGCACCAAAUUGUCUCGUCUACUCCAUGCCAACAAACGACCGGGCAGGGACCUUCAGCGCCUUCGCAUCAGCCUGCAAACUUGCACAGAUCAGAGGCGAGAUCUACCAACGCCUCUACUCCGCUUCGGCUACGGAUAGGCCGUUCCAUCAGAUCCUCGCCUCAGUCGGAGAUUUGGAUAGGAAACUACAAGCAUGGAAGGAUAGUCUCCCGUCUGAGUUUCAGCCCGAAUCACCUACACUCUUCCAUUCCCCUCCAGUAUCCUUGAUACUACUACACAUGCACCACACAUACCACAACUGCAUGAUCGCCAUUCAUUCUCUAAUUGCCGCCCGAGGCAUCAAUUCUGCCCAAGAUCUCUCAGACCAUCCUGGGUAUACCAUCAACCCGGAUUCUCUAUCGAAUCCCCGGGUUCUACUUUCAGCAUCCCUGACCUCCAAAGCUGCCCGUGCUUCGAUUGGCUUGAUGAAGUAUCUCCCGAAGGAUGACAUCUCCCUUGGGUUAACGAUGUAUUUUCCCACCGUUGCACUAAGAACACUGGCCUCGAGUAUUGUUCGCAAUCCCCGCGAUACAGGCCAGAUCUAUAAUAUGAGGAUUCUCGAUCAGGCAGAAGCAUUUCUAUCGUCGACGUGUUCGGACACUACUAGCGAAGGGAUGAAGCGAUUGGUGAAGAAUUGCGCCGAGUUUCGCUCGCUCGCUGAGAGGGCAAUGAAGGAAUGCUAUUAA